AUCAGGGUCUCCUCUGGGGUUGAUGAGCUUACGCAAGUCCCCAGCACACCAGCGCGCAUACUCCUUGUCACCCUCCACCUCUCCCCCCCUCCCCCACUCCGUUCUCUCUGCUUUAUCCCACCAUGGCGAUUCCCUUCACCCUCCAGCCGGGGGACCCUUCUCUGGCCGACGUGGCUCUCCUUGCUCGUGAGGCGGGCUCCCUCAUCCGCAAGGCUCUAUCGCCCUCGGCACUCGGCGCCUUCGGCGGAUCCGUUGGCGAUGAUGGCGGCCGGUCACUGGCCGCUUCGAAGACCUCGGGCAAUGACCUGGUCACGGAGACCGACAAGGCAGUUGAGCGGCUAAUUAUCUCGCGCAUCCGUGCCCGCUUCCCGGCUACCGGCCCCGGCGCACACGCCAUCCUGGCCGAGGAGAGCUCCACCGAGGAGUCCACCCUGACCGAUGCUCCCACCUGGAUUAUCGACCCGGUCGACGGGACAACCAACUUCGCCCAUGGGUUCCCCUUCACCUGCGUGUCGAUCGGCUUUGCCCGUGGCAAGACUGUUCUGCUUGGCGCUGUCUAUGCGCCCGCUCUGGAUGAGUUGUUUACGGCCGAGCGCGGCCGUGGCGCCUUCCUCAACGGCUGCCCCAUUCGUGUGAGCGGCUCCGUUGACAUCCACCGGUCGCUCAUUUCCACCGGGUUCCAUGCGUACAUCGUUGGCGAGGAGCGCGCCUCUGGCCAAUACCAGGCUCAUGCCCUGCCGGGGGGCGGUCGGGGGGGGCCUGCUCUGCCUACCACCACCACGGCCGCCGACGUGUCGGCCAUCGCAAUGGCUCCUCCUGGGGUGGGUUCGGCCGCUCCGCCUGCCCCCGGGCUGCCCAGUCUCCCCAGCAGUCCGGCCAUCGAUUCGGCCCUGUGGAACCUGCGCGCGGCGCUUGUUCUCGGUCGAGAUGUCCGCCGCGCCGGUGCCGCCGCACUGGACAUGUGCUACGUGGCCUGUGGGCGUCUGGACAUGUACUUCGAGGCUGGUCCCCGUGAGUGGGACUUCGCCGCAGGACAGGUCAUUGUCGAGGAGGCCGGUGGCUAUGUGUGCGACUUCACUGGCCGCCAUGCCGGGUCGCCGGCCAGCGACCAGCACCCCGACCGGGUGGGACCCUUCGACCUUGGGUCGCGACAGGUGGUCGCUGCUGCCAGCCGCCAGCUCGCCGAGUCUAUCUGCCCGUACCUUGUUCUCCCGCGGUAAGGUUGUUCACCCUACCCCCUGCUCUCUCCCUCUCUGCUGCUGCUGCUGCUGCUGC